GUUGCUGUCGCGCAUGAUGUGGAUCGUUGGCGGCCCGAAUUGAUCGUGGGUGGUCUUUGCUUGGCGUGCGCGAUCUUCAGAAAAAAACAAAAAAAUAAAAGAAGAAAAGAACGCCGCCCGUGUUUCCUUGCGGAGCAAAACCCGCAUUUUGUGAAAUGUAGCGAACAAAAGCUGGAAAACAAUCUCCGUCUCAGCGUGUUUCUGUUGCUGGAAGAAGCGAAUCGAUUGUAAUUCGUGUUGGCGAAAGUAAAACCCUCGAAAUCGUUACAAACGCACCAGCAGAGUUCCGAUUGUUGUUCCUGAACAGCGAUCGCGGCGAUCGUUCCGCUAAUCAAAUCGAUUAGUAUGCGACUCAGGAAAGGCAAGCGAUAACGAUUCGCUGAUGCGGUAAGUAAUCCUGUCGCAGUACGCAUUCCAGCGGCGGCCAGCAGCAACAACGACCUCAGCUGCCCGUUUCGUCUUCUUCGGGUACGGAAAAUUGGGGUCCACAUAAGAUCGUUACCCUAGGCUAAAAUGAUGCGCUUCUGGAUGCUGAUGGUUCUCGGCUCUUUCGUAGCCCUGGCCAAGGGGAAAGAGUUUAAUCCUACGACGAACCUCAUCACACCGGAAACGUUCCGACCGAUGCUGGAACCGAUCAACGGCACGCACAACUAUCGCAUGCACGGCAAGAAGGGUAAGGACGACAAGACGUGGUUUGAUGGUCGCGAGAUGCGCUACAUUUAUUGUGUUCGGCCGGCUAAAUGUCAACCGAUACGCCACAAGUCCUGCCUCGGCGCUACGCUCCCAUACUCCUCGAUCAGUCUCGAUCUGAGCGACUCGUACAGCCAGGAGGAGGUGCACGACAAGCUAUACCAGUACAACGCCCUGCGCCAUGUGCCCAAGUGUUGGGCGGUCAUACAGCCGUUCCUCUGUGCCGUCUUUACACCCAAGUGUGAAAAGAUCAAUGGACAAGAGAUGGUUUAUCUGCCGUCGCUCGAGAUGUGUCGGAUUACGCUCGAACCUUGCCGCAUCCUGUACAAUACUAGCUUCUUUCCGGCGUUUCUGCGCUGCAACGAGACGCUAUACCCUUCAAAAUGCAACAACGAUGUGCGGGAAGAGAUGAAAUUUAAUGCUACCGGACAGUGUCUGAAGCCGCUGGUUGCGGCCGAUCUACCAGCCAACUACUACAAGGAUGUCGAUGGUUGCGGGUUGCAGUGCAAAGAUCCGCUUUACUCCGACGACGAACAUCGCCAGAUACACAAACUGAUCGCGUGGGGAGCGGGCGUGUGUCUCACGUUUAACUUCUUCACACUGGCAACGUUCGCGAUCGAUUGGCAUAAUGCCAACAAGUAUCCUGCGUUGGUGAUAUUUUACAUCAACUUUUGCUUCGCCAUUUCCUGCCUCGGAUGGUUGGCCCAAUUUACACCCGGCGGACGGGAGGAUAUUGUGUGCCGGAAGGAUGGUACGCUGCGUACGUCGGAACCGAGUGCCGGGGAGAAUCUGUCCUGCAUAGUGGUGUUCAUUCUGGUGUACUACUUCCUUAUAGCGGCGAUGGUAUGGUUCGUCAUCUUCACCUACGUGUGGCACAUGAGCUUCAAGGCCAUCGGCAAGAUACAGGAUCGUAUCGAUAAGAAGGGCUCCUACUUCCAUCUAAUCGCCUGGUCACUACCGCUCGUCCUUACGAUUACCAUAAUGGCGUUGAGCGAAAUCGAUGGCAACAGUACGGUCGGUAUCUGUUUCGUCGGUUAUCUGAACCACCCGAUCCGGGCCGGUUUGCUGCUAGGGCCGGUCUGUUGUGUGCUGCUGGUCGGUGGCUACUUCCUUGGCCGUGGACUCCUCACUCUGAUCCGGUUGCGUAUCUCCAGCAAGGAAAUCAUUUCUGCCCGAGCCAGCCGCAAGAUCCACCAGACGAUCGUACGGAUGGGCAUCUGUACGACGUUUAUCUUCGUGUUUAUCGUUGCGACCGUCGUCUGCCAUGCGUACGAGUUCCGACACAGUGCUUCAUGGGCGACAGCGCUACGCGACUACAUUGUCUGCCAAAUCGAGACCUCUUUCACCGACGAUCUGUUGGGAGGAUCCGGGGGAUGCCGCAUCAUACACCGACCGAGUGUGGCCAUUUUGCAGGUGCAUCUACUGUGCCUGUUCGCAUCGGGCAUCGUGAUGUCGUCCUGGGUAUGGACCAACUCAACGCUGGAAUCGUGGGGUCGGUAUUUUCGGCGUCGCUUCGGUACCGACACGGACGAACCGGUGAAGCUGCAGAAACAUAAGGUGAUUGCGCAGGCCUUCGCGAAGCGAAAAGAGUUCCAAAACCAGGGCCGCCUGUCGAUAUCGUUCCACAAUUCGCACACCGAUCCGGUUGGGCUGAAGUUUGACAUCAACUCCGCGAUUGGUAGUCACGAUUUUAGCUCCACCUGGGCCAACAACUUGCCACGGUUCGUGAACCGGCGCUGUGCGCUGACGGGAGCGGCCACCAGUUCCGCCAGCCACGAUCCGCGGAAGAACUCGGUCGAUUCGGAGAUCAGUUUUAGCGUGCGGCAUGUGUCGGUGGAAUCGCGGCGUAAUUCCAUCGACUCGCAGGUUUCCGUAAAGAUUGCGGAAGUGAAAACAAAAGUGGCAAGCCGCAGCACCCGCGGAACGGUUAGUGGAGCAGGAGCGAGUGGCAAACACCAUCAUCAUCAUCACAAGGCCACCCGUUCCAGCCGACGGCGUGAUUUCGGAAGCGCCGGUGGUGGUGGUGGCGGUGUGGGCCGCCGAUACAGUCGUAAGGAGAGUAGCACUUCGGUGGAAUCGCAGAUUAUUACAGCGGCCUUGCACCAGCAGAAGGUGGCCGGUAGCAGUCAUCGAGGAAGGCAUUCGGGAAUGGGAACCACCGGUGCUGGAAACAUGCAACGGCGAACGGGGAUCGGUGCUCUAGAUGCAGAGCAGAUCAACGAUUUGAUUGCGAACGGAAAAUUGUUGCUUCCAUUUUUAGCUCAGCAAGGAUUGACUACGUCAGAGGAUGAUAAUGCAUCGGUUGGUUCAUUCAAGCUGCACGAUUCCCGGUUCGACAUCAUUCUCAAGCAGAUUGAAAGCGGUGGCCAUUCGCACGCAGAUGCCAGUUUAGUUGGUGGGCGAAAUGAUGGUGUGAGCAGUGGGGUUCCAGGCACUGGCGUUAGUGGCGGAUGUCGUAUUGAGGAAUACCGGAGUACUGAUGAUGAUGAAGAUUCGGAAGACGACGACGACGACGACGACGAUGUGGACGAUCUGAAAGCGGAACGGAAGGCAAUGUUAAACACGGGAAGAACCAUGGCCGGAAUGCGACCAAUAGCAGCCUCAUCGAUUGGACGCGAGGCAGAAACGUCCAUUACACAUAGCAGGGCGGCAGCUGUGGACGUAGCGUGUGGCGAUAGUAGCGGUAACGGGGCACUACGCAGCAGUAAAGACGGCCUUACAACGACGGGUCGUACGAGCAAAAGCACCAUAACCAAAGGCAGUAGUGGCCGCAGUCGAAAGGGCGGGGGCACAACCGGUAGCUCGCGACAUGGAACGCUGCGUAAGUCACAGCUGCACCAUCAUCACAACCCUCAUCAUCCUGUCCGUACUACAUCGAUGCGCAAGGAGCGCGAAAAGAAGGAGAAAGCGCGUGCGGCGGCAGCUCGUGCCAGUGUCGUGGAUCGCGAUAAAGAGCUCGAGCUAUUAGAACGAGUAACAGGGCCGGAUCGGGCGACGGGGACGGGGACGGGAACAUCAACGACGAAUGAUCCGCUGUACGAUUUUAAUGAUUCUUCGUUCACCUCGUACUGUUCCGAACUAUCGCCGCUGAAUGUGAACAGUUCGUAUUCGGGAGUUUCGAUCGCAAAGACGAAUUCUCGAAAUUCGAAGCGCAGCUGUGACGUUGGUAUCCAGACGAACGCCCACGAGAUUGCCACCCAAACGAUGUCAUCGUUCGAGUUUAGCGAGAAAGCGCUCAAGAACGAAGAGAAUGAAGAUAUCUACACGGAGAACCAUCAGCUGUUGCCGAAACUGUUGCAGCCAGCUAUUACGAUGCCGGCUACCAACACCGUCGGUCGAAAGCAUCGCGAUGUCUGUGAAACGGGCAUGAGCGAUGCCGAAAAGCUUAAAAUGCUCCUACUACCAUCGAAAUAACGGUCGGAUCAAGCCAUAAAGUGAUCAGCGAGAGCAUGAUCAAUAAGCAAAGCAACUAGACACUAAGUGAAGUAUGAACAGUAAUCUCCCAUGUGCCUUUAAGCAAAGGAUUCGGAAGCAUUUAAGAUAUCAUUGUAUUAGAUGUUAGUAUAUCUAGCGUCUCUUUAUGUGCAUUUCAUGGCGGAUAGUAUACGUAGUGACGGCGGUGUCGCCAGUGAAAGUCUACUCAAUUGUAGGAGCCGUACGGUAUCAUCUCACUCCGCCUGGCCAAAACAUACUCAUAAUAGAAGACUGAUGAAACAAGGGCAGCAACACUCAAACGAGGCAGCUUUAUCCUCAAACGACAGAUAAAACCUUCUCAGUGUCAUUAAUCGAACAAACUGGAGUGCUUCCAUGGUUAAGGGGAAGAAGGUUCACGAACAACGAUUUAUACAAGACUAGCUCGUACAGUCCAAAUCUAAAAUACCGUAUUUUACUUCCUGUUUUUUUGGGAAUUCUUUUUUAACCCUACCUUUGUUGUUCCUGCUCUACGCCAAACUGA